AUGUUCCAGCAACGUCGACUUGGUGCACUAGGAGUUGAGUGGCGUCCUUCAUCUAUAAAAUUUGCUGUUGGUCCGGAUAUUGGUUUUGGCCAGGAUUAUCAAAUGCCAUUAUUGGAAGAUUUGGAUAGAAUGUUUGAGCCCCUACCAGAAUUCAUAGAUGCGACUUACUGGGAACCAGAAAAUGAAGUCAUAAGUGACAACACUGACUCUGAGUAUAAUGUUGCGGAGGAAUGCAGCAGUGAGGGGGAGCAGGGUAGUUUGUGUUGCAGCUCUCGCAGUGAUCCUGAUUGUAGUACAGAGGACACUGAUGCUGAACAUAGUAAAAAGGAUAGCAUUCGCAGGUCAAGAAGGAGAAAACACAAGACUGAAGCUGAACUAAUGGCAUCUUCUGAGAGGCGUUUGAAGAAAAGAAACAUGGAUGAGCGUGAUGGGUCAAUAUCUGGAAGUAAUGGAGGUAAGAAAUUGAAAGGUGUUCAGAAAGUCUCUAAGAGGAAGUCUUCCAAAGCAAAGUCAUCAAGACCUCAGCGUGUUGCUGCCCGCAAUGCUCGAAAUAUGCUCUCCAAAAUUACUGGAACAUCUACAGAUGAAGAUGAUGGAGAUGACUCAGAAGACGAUACAUCCAACAGUGAGUCAGGGCUUCAAGAUUUGAAUGUUCAAAACAGCAACGGAGACGAAUACUUGCAUAAUGAACAAGAGGAAAGUACAAAAGAAGAAAAACUUGUUUUGGUUGAGCAUAUGACCAAGCCUCCUGAACUCCCGGAAUCUCAAUCAGUUAUAGGAAAUAGGAAAAAAAUUGUCUUGAAGUUUUCAUUACGUGACUCCAAGAAGCUUGUCUCUCCAGAAGAGAGGAGACCCAAUGGUGAAAAUCAUGCUGAUUUUGUGAAUCUUUCUGGACCUAUUGAAGAAAAUAGGAUCAAGAUAAGCUCUGACAAUUUAGGGGCAUCUUCUUCAAAUGUGUCUGGCUUUGGGCUGUCUCAAUAUCAGACUAGAGUUGAUACUCCUGGUGCUUACACAGCUUCAAGCAAUGAAACUUGUAACGAGGGAGACAAAGAUUGGUCUGGAUCUGAAAAACGCAGUUGUUGUGAUCCAGUAGAUAAAAGUGACCAUUCUCAGGAAUUGAAAGAGUAUCCUCCACCAAAGAUAACAAGGUUAAAAAUAAGAACAAAAGCAAAUUUAAAGGACUCACGUAGUUCCUCUAAAUUGAAAUAUUUGAGAACAGUUGGUGACUUAACUAGCAAUGGAGAUGAUGUAAUGUCUGAAACUCCCUCUUAUCUGGGACAGGAUAAAUUAUUGGGAGUACCAGAUAGGGGUGAAGAAGGUCUGGGCAGAUCAAUUUCUCUGUAUGGUGAACACAAAAGGGAAAAGACACACAAAACUAGAUCUGAUUUAGAAGGCUUUGAUGGUGUUAUAGAAGAAAAUUCCUUACCAGCAAAUGACUAUUGUGGUUCUGGAAUUGAUCUCUCUGAAGCUGAAAAUGGUGAUGCAAUACGUAGAACAAGAUCCAUGAAGAUGAAGGCAACCCAGAGAGAGCCAAGUGCUCAAAAUCAUAACCUUACAGUGAAAAUGGGCUAUGGAUUAUUUGGGACGUCAAAGAAUGCUGCAGGUAAUGAGGUCCUAUCUGAAGAUUGGGUGUCAAGUUCAAAAAUGGCAGUCAAAUCAAGGUCGGCUAAAAACAGGAGAGGAAGGUAUUCUGAUAAUGCUGCUAUAUUUAUUAGAAGAGAAUCAAAUCAACCGGUAAGAAAAUUAUCAUGGUUAAUCUUGUCAAAGCAUGAGGAUGGUUACCGUUAUAUCCCCCAGUUAGACGAUGAAGUUGUUUAUUUGAGACAGGGCCACAAAGAGUUUAUUGAUUUAUAUAAUCCACGAGAAAAAGGUCCUUGGAAUUCAAUUAAGGGAAACCUAAGUGCAGUGGAAAUUUGCAAGGUAGAAACCCUUGUUUAUGCCAUAGUUCCUGGUUCGGGGGAUAGCUGCUGUAAAAUCACACUUAGAUUUGUAGAUCCUUCAUCUGUUGCUUUUGGCAAAGCAUUCAAGCUGACCCUGCCUGAACUGAUUAAUUUUCCUGAUUUUGUUGUUGAAAAAACGCGGUAUGAUGCUUCCAUCAAGAGAGAUUGGACUAGUGGGGAUAGAUGUGAGGUGUGGUGGAGGAAUGAGAAUGGGGAAGGCGGCGAAUGGUGGGAAGGGAAUAUUGUUUCUAUGCAGGCAAAAUCUGUUGACUUCCCGGAUAGCCCUUGGGAGAGAUAUGAAAUUAUAUACACGUCGGAGCCAACUUUACACAAACACAGUCCUUGGGAAUUGCGUGAUCUUGGCAUUCCAUGGGAGCACCCCUAUAUAGAUUUUAAUAUAAGAGAUAAACUGCUAUCUUAUUUCACUAAAUUAGAGCUUUCGGCAGAAAAAAAUCAGGAUUCUUAUGGAAUUCAAAAAUUGAAUGAGGCUUCUCGUAAGCUGGAUUUCUUUCACAGAUUUCCAGUACCACUGUGUCCUGAAAUUAUCCAGUCGAGAUUAGAAAACAACUAUUAUCGGAGCUUGAAAGCAGUGAAGCAUGACAUGAAUGUGAUGAUGGAAAAUGCCCAAGCGUAUUUUGUGUUAAGCGCUGAACUAUCGUACAAGAUGAAGCGCCUCUCUGAAUGGUUUACAGGGAAAUUGUUAAAGUUGUAG